AUGGCAGAUUGGGAGGAACAAAGUUCGGACGAGCUUACUACACCAAUUGCUCUUCCUACCACUAAAAAAUGGGACGACGAAGACAAAGACGACAAAAACAUCAAAAAAAAGCAACAACAAUACGAGGAGGAAGAAGAUCCGGUCGAGAAAAAAAAUCGGCUUCGCAAAUUACAAGUUGAAGCUGAUCUUGAGAACGCGGCAAAUACAUUCGGGGUGGAUCUUGAAGAACUUCGAGCUGGACAGGUAACUCUGGACACGAUUGAUCCAAAAAGUAGAGAGGAAUUCGAAGAGUUCGCACAAUUGCUAAUUGCAAGGAUUAAAAAACAUGAGAAAGAAGGCUAUUAUCCAACGUUUCUAAACAACUUUUUUCGAGAACUUUGUAUCCCACUCAAAGACAUUGACAUACGUAAAAAGCCUUUCCUUGCAGCUGAGAAAGGUGCUUCGAUUGACACAACAGACUAUGGAAAUUUAGAUGACGAUUUUGAUGAUUUUAUUUCUGACCGUGUCGACUACGCAAUCAAAAAAAUAAUCAAGGAUGUGUUGGAAGAAAUCAUAUCCAUAACUGAAGCCUAUCAGGAAUUGGUGUCAAAAUCUAAUGCAAUGCAUAUUUUUUAG